AUGGGUAUUCUCACAAGCAAUACGCAACCCCGAACAACAAAUUCGACAUUUCGACUAUUAAAUCGACCAAGUUACGCUCAUUCUGAACAUAGUAUCAGCGAUAUGGGCGACAGUAUUGAUAAAAGGCGGUGUUGCCUACCUAUCUACCAUCGAUCGGUUGAUGGUCUUCCAAAUCCAAUGAAAGGGGCAUGGAACUGGAAACGUAGAUUUUGGGUAUUGCUUUAUCUAUCAGUUCUUGGCAGUAUUGCCAUGUUGCUAUGGCUUAUGCUACUUAUGACCCUUCCCCGUCACCACAUGCCUCAUGUGCCAUCGAGCGGAAUAAAUUAUUUGGUUGAGCAGUGGAAAGAUCCCAGCGAUCCAUCUUCUCUCCUUGCACCUUGGAAGCCAGAUUUCACAAAGGAUAUUGUACCGCUGUCAUGCCAUUCUCACAAUGACUACUGGAGAUCCGUUCCUCUUUUCGAAGCUGUCGCUGCAGGUUGUACAGGAGUAGAAGCAGACAUAUGGCUAAACAAUAAAGCCGGUAGCGAUGGCUUGUUAGUUGGCCAUUCUUUGAGAUCGCUCAGAGAUGAUCGCACGCUCCAGAAUUUAUACAUCAAGCCCCUCCUCAGCAUCCUUGAGAAUCAAAACAAUAAUUCUACAGAGUCAGACGGAGGUUCCAGCAAUCCUAACGGCGUAUUCGAGUCGAGUCCCAAUACUACUUUAACUUUAGUCUUAGAUUUCAAGUCCAACGGGUCUGAACUAUGGCCUAUAGUGAACCAGGAACUUGAAGCUCUUCGUUCCAACGGUUGGCUCACCAAUUGGAGUAACUCGACUGAAAAAAUCAACUGGCGCCCAAUAAUUGUCGUCGCUACAGGAAAUGCCCCAUUUGACCUCUUGAUCUCGAACACUACCAACCGCGAUGUAUUUUAUGAUGCCCUUCUCAAGGAUAUCGCCAACCCUAAAUACAAUCAAUCGAAUUCGUAUUAUGCAAGCGUUUCCAUGAGUACUUUGGGGAAAAUCUGGCUUUGGAAAUUCAGCUCGUCGCAACUAAACCAAAUCAAGACUCAAGUCGCUUUGGCAAACGCAAAGGCUCUCAAAGCUAGGUACUGGGACACUCCAGCUCUGCCAGUAAUCUUCAGGGAAUAUAUCUGGGGAAUUUUGGUGGAAAAUGGAGUUGGAAUGCUAAAUGUUGAUGUGUUUCCAUCAUCGCUGUUCUAUCUCUUGGUCACUAGACUUGGUCAAAAUAGACUUGCAUGUUAG